UCCAACUUAUACGACCACAUGAGGAUCAUGCGCAUGCGACAGGUUUGCUGCACAUUUUGAUUCUGCGCCUCCGUGCCCGCCCUCGCCUCACCAGUCACCACGAAGGAGUCAUCGCCAUUAGCAUCAUCGGAAUGUCGUUGGAACGGUUGCAAGAUGUUUCAACUGUCUCAGGCUCUCAGCGUUCGCAGGUCAAUUACAGAACAAAAGAGGAUAUGACUCUGCGUCAUAAGAGGUUUUUGUUGUUCGUUUCGAGCAGCGCCUGCGAUCUUGCGUCCCGUCAGGCUAUGAAAAAACAAAGGAUUAUAUCAUUUUGCGUAGUAAGGGCGUUUUGUAUGUUUCGAGCGGCGGCUGCAGUUUUGCGUCCCGUCAGGACAAUGUUGGUUACUGUGAGCUCUCUGCACUUGGACUGCUCCAGCCGGAAUAUUUCUUCAGCACAACAAAGCAGCCCUUGUACAAAGGAAGAUGGCUUCAACAGACCACUAUUGUCCCUAAGGAUGAUCAGAAGGCUUGACGUGUCAUCAUCAAGAAGGGUAUCAAGGCACCCAUCACAUAGCUGCUCUGUGAAUCUUCUUCUGAUGCCUGCUGCCGUGGUCUACCCUGGUGAGACAAGGUCUCAAUGCCCUCCAGGCUGGGAGAUAUGUUGGCUGUACUGGGAGCUUGAACAUCAGCAUGCAGCAGCAAUUUUCGUGUCAUCUGCAGACGGCGGCGGACUGCACUCAAGUGAAGAUUCCUCUGCUUUAGUUGCCGUACACUUGACCUGGGAGUUGUUUUGCUCUGUGUCAACUUCUGGGAAUGCACUUGGCUGGCUUGAUUUGUCUCCUCCCAUGUGUGAUGCUUGUGAUGGGGAUUCUUGCCCAGUUUCGUGAGUGUCAACCAAGACAGAGGUCUGUUAAAAGUGCAGUAAGGUGAAGCUUGUUUUGGCUAAUGAUGCCCACAAAGUUUUUCUUUUUUCUUAUUUUCAUGUUAGCACCACGAAGCAACUAUGGCUAUGAGCGGCGUGAUGCCCAUACUGAAGAAGAAACGUGAUAGUGUAUUUACCAGUUUGUGCUUCCUUGGGAGUCUACAGUAGGGAUGCUCCUCAUGAAGAUGCAUUGGCAUAUGUACCUGCAUAGCAAUUUUUGUCUUAACUUUUGUAAGGCUAAAUUUUUUACAUCAUGUUUGGCCGUGGUUGAAUAUUUUCUCUAAAAUCUUUCUAGCAUGGAGUCACAAGUGAAAACUGCUCCUUACAGGGGGUGCAGCAGGUGUAAGAGGAUUGGCUGGCCGAUUCAACAUCGUACUGCAUCCUGCUUCAUUGUCCAUUAAAAACAAACACGGAGUCAG